AUGGCGGCAGCGCGCCACAAGAUCAUCGUUGGUCUCGAUUACGGCACAACAUAUUUAGGCAUCAGCUAUGUCACUUCGAAUGAGAAAAGUUUCGACAAAAUCGAGGUCAUUAACCAGUGGCCGGGCACUCCGGAAUCCGUUUUCAAAGUGCCCACAAGAAUUGCCUACGCAUUUGAGAACGAAAACCUUACUACGAAUCAAUGGGGAUAUACAGCGACUCCGAACAUGGAACCUUACCUUUGGACCAAAUUGCUCCUCGACCGUAAUACGAAGCUUACGGAUUACGAUGACCCGACGCUCGAUGAUCUGCUUGGAAAAGGAAUCAUGCGACUGCCAGAAUCCAAAUCAGCAAGGGAAGUUUGUAGCAACUUCUUGAAGUGCCUUUGUGAGCACAUGGUUGCAGUUUUGACCAAGAAGUACUCAUCCAGGAUCUUUGAUAUUACGCCCGUAGAGGUCUGGAUAACAUUGCCUGCAAUCUGGAGCGAUGCCGCUAGAGACGCUACAAAGAGCGCCGCCAUGAGUGCCGCCUCACAUCAUGAAAGCGCACUCGACCCAAUCUCACCUGGAGACGAUAUCCUCGUCUGUGAUUGUGGCGGUGGCACCGUCGACAUAACCACUUACAACAUCAUUUCCUGCCGACCGAAACUGGAAUUCAAAGAGUUGUGUGUUGGCAUCGGCGGCAAGUGUGGCUCUACUUCCAUCGACAGAAACUUCAACAUAUGGAUGCUGAAGACUUUCGGCAAAGCAUAUGAGAACGUACAGCCGAAGCGUCGUGGCCCAGGAAGCAAUUUCAUGAGAUCUUUCGAAACGGCAAAAAGAACGUUUAGUGGCGACUUCCCCAAUGCGGAUGGAAUGCAAGACAUUGAGGUUGAGCAUAUCAACAUGAAAACUCUAUCAACACCCAAGUACGAUGCGGAUGAAGCUACAUUGAAGUUUUCAUGCAUGGACAUGAAAGCAUUCUUUGAUCCUGUCAUAGAUGAUAUCAUUCGCCUGGUUAAAUCGCAGGUCAAGCACGCAAAGAGCAACAACCACAACAUCAAACGCAUCAUCCUUAACGGCCAGAUCCAGCUCACUUGUCCACCACAAUGCCAAGCAGCUGUGGUCAAAGGAGCUGCAAUUAGGGGUCUCGAAGGACUUAAACCACGAUCCAGACAAGCGCGGCGCCAUUACGGCUACGGCAUCGCCCUGCCUUUCAGAAAGCAUGCAGAUCCCGAAUGGCUUGGUUAUAUUGAUAACUUCAAUGGCCAGAAAUACUGCAAGGGGCGGAUGAACUGGCAAGUCUCAAAGGGCCAGAAUCUUGAAGACGGCGCUGUGAUGAAGUCUGCAGUUCAAUUCAAAUUUGAAGACAAAGAGCUAACCAAACAUAUCACUUUGUGGUCAUGCAACGAAGACAUCGCCCCGGAGUACUCACAUCGCGCUACAGUCCAGAAGGUUGGCGAGGUCCAAGUGGUUUUUCAGAAAAAGGACCUCAAGAAUGCACGCCGCAAGCACAACAAGAGCCUCAAAAAGUAUGUUCGCGAAGUCGAUGGGAAUAUUGAGGUCAACAUGGCCACAGAGCAGUGUACCCUCACUGUCAAGACCUUCGUAAAUGACAGGGAGGCUGGACAAGCCACUAUCGAUUUUUUGCAAGAUUGAGCUUUGCA